AUGGCUCCUUCGCGGGGAUUGUCGACAGUCUUUUCCAUAUUAUCAUACAGGACCUCACAUUCAAAUCGAGUUUGUUCUUCUAUACGACCUCAAUUUAUCUCCCGAGCGUAUACAUCGAUCCCUGCAUCCUCAUUUGUGGAGCUAGUAACCAGACCUACCUCCAAGCACCAGAUCUACAUUUCACGGAGUCUAGAUCCCUACUUGAACCUCUCGAUAGAGCACUUUCUAUUACAGCGCACAUCUCCAGAGUCUGUUAUUCUAUUUUUAUAUACCAAUAGACCUAGCAUAAUUAUUGGACGAAAUCAAAACCCAUGGGUUGAGGUUAAUUUACGUCUUUUAAACGCAGCAAAGAAUGACAAUAACGACAUUGAGACCGAACCACCAAGUCUUGGUGACGUAUGGCUAGUACGCCGCAGGUCGGGCGGGGGAACGGUAUUUCACGAUGAAGGAAAUGUCAAUUACAGCGUCAUAUGUCCACCGGCCGAGUUCGCGCGAGACAAACAUGCGGAAAUGGUCGUUCGUGGCCUGAGAAACCUGGGCAUUGAUCGGGCCAGAGUGAACGAACGACAUGAUAUCGUGCUCGAUCAGGGUUCUCAAAGGAGUCAGGUUGACGAGGCAGAUACCCAUGUGACUCCCUAUACGAGCGACGACAGACUGCGAUCACUAAAGAUCUCUGGCUCCGCGUUCAAACUCACGAGACACAGAUCGCUGCAUCACGGAACGUGCCUCCUCUCGUCUCCAAAUCUCAACAUUAUUCCCGACUACCUACAUGCGCCAGCAAAGCCGUAUAUAAAAGCGCGAGGAGUUGAAAGCGUCAGCUCCCCCGUUGGCAAUGUGGGGUUGUCAAAUGGCGAGUUUGAGCGCGCCGUCGUCGAGCAAUUCUGUCGCCUUCAUAAUGUUCCACUUGACGCGAGUAGGGGCGCCAUUGAAGGAGUCAAUACUACCGUUUCCGAGAACGACAAUAAGUGGGUGAGCGCGGUCGUUGAUGAAGAAUUGGCCAGCAUUCCGGAGAUAGCCAAGGGCAUGGAUGAACUAAAGUCAUUAGAAUGGACGUUCCUACAGACCCCACAAUUUGUGCUCUCAAGCCAUCCAACGCCUGACGAUCCCCGAGAACGACCUACCCUGGAUAGUGCAAUUCCUUCUAAAACACAAAUAUCUCUAAAGUCCCGCUCCGGAGUCAUUCUAGAAAGCGACAUCCACAUUCCUUCAGACGGCCCUCUGGCAGAGACGCAAGCAGCCGAGAUCCACAAGGAGCUGGCGAACAAAAAGAUACACGAAAUCGACAACUGGGAAGCUUUGCUAGGCGGAUCCAAGGGUAUUGAAGACUCGAACCACACAAAAGCAAUUGGAAACUGGCUAGCGAAAAUGUUUGGAAAGGCAUGA